GGAAGAGGUUGUGGAGGAUGAUAAUGCUGAAUAUGUUGAGGGGACUGAGGCUGAGGCUCAGUCUCAGUCUCAGUCUGAGUCUGAAGAGGCUGUGGAAGAUAAUGAUGGGGAUGAAGUUACGGGAGAGGAAGUUACGGGGGAAAAGACGACGGAAAAUAACAGUGAGGAAGGCGAGGAGAUUGCGGAGGACGAUGACAAUCGGGAGGAUGGAUCUGAGGAAGCUGGAGAGGAAGACGGCGAUGAAGAUGAGUCUUCAAAUUUCGAGGAGGAAGACGGCGAAGCUGAGGAGCCUGUGGAAGAGGACACCCAGGCUGGCCAAGCUGUCGACGAAUACGUCGAGGCCGAAGAACCUGUGCAACACGAGGCUGCCGAACCUGCGGAGGAAGACACCGAGGUUGAAGAACCCGUGGGGGAAGCCGAGGCAGAGGAAGCAGUGAAGGAACACGAGGAAGUUGGGGAACCUAUGGAUGAAGACGAAGAAGCUGAAAACCCUGCGGAAGAAGACGAGGCCGAAGAACCCGUGGGAGAUGAGGCUGCCGAACGUGUAGGAGAGGACGAGGACGAAGAAGCUGCGGAGGAAGACGAGGCUGAAGAAGCUGUGGAAGACGACGAAUACGAGGAAGCGGCCGAAGAAAAUGGCGAGGAUAGCGCUUCCAGAUCCACGGAGAGCCAGGUCGCGAAUGACACUAGCCGUCGAGCUGCAUCUGUGCGAACAAGAGACUCGCGAACUAGCGAUCGAGGCAAGCCCGCGCAGGAGGCUUACAAGCCAGGCGCCAUUGUGCGCAUUAAAGUCACGGACUUCGUUACCUAUACCUCAGCGGAAUUCUUCCCUGGUCCGAAGUUGAAUAUGGUGAUAGGCCCCAAUGGUACCGGAAAGAGUACCUUGGUCUGCGCGAUAUGUCUGGGCUUAGGGUGGGGACCACAGCAUCUGGGUCGUGCCAAAGACCCUGGGGAGUUUGUCAAGCACGGGUGUAGAGAAGCAAUCAUCGAGAUCGAGCUCGCAGGCGGUCCUCGCUUUCGUCGGAACCCUGUAGUUUCCAGGACAAUCAAGCGCGACGGGAACAAAAGCACCUUCACGCUCAAUGGGAAGCAGGCCUCUCGCAACCAGGUGCUGAAACUUGCCCAGUCAUUCGCCAUCCAGAUCGACAAUCUUUGCCAGUUCCUCCCCCAAGACAAGGUCAGCGAAUUUGCGGCUCUCACGCCAAUUGAGCUCCUCAAUUCGACGCAAAGAGCCGCUGCUGGCGAGGAAAUGAUUGAGUGGCAUGACAACUUGAAACGCCUGCGGGGUGAGCAGAAGAAGCUGCAAAUGGACAACCAGGGUGACAGGGAUAUGCUUGCGAAUCUCGAGGACCGGCAGGAGAUGCAAAGAGAAGACGUUGAGAGAAUGCGCCAACGAGCGCAGAUCAAGAGAAAGAUCGAAAUGCUGGAGUUUGCCCGCCCAGUUACGCAGUACAAGGAAGCUCACAAUAAGUGGACGGAGUUGAAGGGCCACAGAGAUAGGAUUCAUGAGGAGCUAGACGAACUCAAAGCCCAGCUCGAACCAGCUCUGAGGUCUGUGAACGCAAAGCAACAAUACUGUCUGCAGGUGGACGAAGUGAUCAAGUACAAAACGCGGUCUGUAGAGGAUGCGGACCGUGCGGCCUCCGCCCUCGCCAAGAAGAUUGAGCAACACGAGGAGUCGAUGAAGGACUUUGACCAUCGUAUCGAAGCUGAAAAGAAGAGUGGUCACAACUAUAGGCAAGAUGCGGCCAAAGCCCAGCAAGCAAUCCACAAACUCAAACGCCAGUUGGAAGAAGAGUCUGUGGAGCUUGAUGUGGAUUGGUAUAACGAGAGAAUUAGAGAGAAACGACGCGAGGUCCGAGAUAUUGAGGAGAAAGCACAUCAGAUCAAGAAUGAUCGACGGCCACUCUUCGAUUCAAUCCAAGAAAAGGCCGAUCAGAUCAAACAGACGGAACGGCAGUUGAAAGACCUUGAUUCGGUUUCUGGGCGGCAGGAGGCCAAGCUUAGACAAUUAUCAGAGGACACCCUACGGGCUUAUCACUGGAUUCAAAAGAAUCAGGACAAGUUCGAGAAGGAGGUUUUUGGUCCUCCAGUUAUCACCUGCUCGGUUAAAGACCCGAGAUACGCCAACAUCAUGGAGUCAUUACUACAACGCAACGAUUUUAUAGCAUUUACCGCACAAACCACGAAUGACUUCAAAUCGAUGCAGAAAUACCUUACUAAAGAGCAAAAUUUGCACGAUAUCAGUAUCAGGACUUGCUCUCAGUCGCUGCAGAGUUUCCGCCGCCCUGUGUCGGACGACGAAAUGCGAAGCCUAGGCUUGGAAGGGUGGGCCAUGGAUUAUCUCGAUGGACCGGAACCCGUCCUGGCUAUGCUUGUCGGCGAUAAAGGGAUGGAAAAGACGCCAAUUUCCCUUAGAGAUGUCUCGCCCGCUAAUUUCGAGCGAUUGAAAACCCACGAGAAAAUAAGUUCCUGGGUUUCAGGGUCUACCAAAUAUGUCGUUAGCCGGCGAAAGAUAUAUGGUCCCGACGCUGUCAGCACUAUGACGAGAAAAAUAAGGCCUGCGAGGGUGUGGACUUCUCAGCCGGUGAAUUUAUCAGAGAAGGAAGGCCUGUUGCAGAGGAUUAGCACGCUCAAAGGUGAAGCUCAAGAAAUACAGGAAACUAUGGAGGGCGAGAAGGCCAAGCUUGGCAAGCUGCAGGAGGAAUAUAAUGAAAUUGAUGGAGAACGGAAACAACUCGAGAAGGAGAAGGCAGACAAGCAAACGGCUCUGACGAACUAUAGAGCCAUUCCAGAAAGAAUCCGCCAGCAAGAAGUCAAACUCGGUGAUGCCCACAGACAUUUCGACGGGAUCAAGACGAGAGUCGCCGAAAUCCGUAGCGAGCAGGAUCAGGUAUCCAUCCAAAAGGCCGAGGCGACCAUUGAAUAUGCUAGCGCGGUCGAGAAGCUUCAAAGCCUGCACGAAGAACUCACCAGGCUGAAGGUCCAGCACAUUGAAGGGUUCUCGGACCUCGAAGCCCUCAAGGUCCGAAACACCGAACAUCGGCAGAUGCUGGAGGACAAGCGCGGAGAGUUGAAGGAGGCCCAGCAAGAACUCAAAGCCGCGAGCGAGGCAGUGAAGAAACUGCAGAAAGAGAUCGCAAAGAUAGCCCAGGUCUCCCAGGAGCAGGACGAUCUGCGCGAAUGCCUGUCAACGCUCGUGGACCACGACGUGGCGCAGCUCGAGGCGGACAUCGACUCGGAAAAGGCUCGGCUCGAGUUUACGCACGGCGGCAACAGCAACGUGAUCAAGGAAUUCGAAGAGCGCGGCCGGCAGAUCGAGAAGCUGCGCACGAAGCUGACCGACUUCCGCAACAAGCUGGCCGACUACAACCACGCGAUCGACGAAAUCCGCGCCCAGUGGGAACCCAAGCUCGACGCCAUCAUCAAGAGCAUCAGCGACGCCUUCUCGGACUCGUUCGCCCGCAUCGGCUGCGCCGGCCAAGUCACCCUGGACAAGGUCGAAGAAGAGCCCGGCGCGGACGGCGAACCGGGAAGCAGCGACUUCGACCAGUGGUCCAUCCAGAUCCACGUCAAGUUCCGCGAACACGAGAACCUGUCCCUCCUCGACUCGCACCGCCAAUCCGGCGGCGAACGCGCCGUCAGCACCAUCUUUUACCUCAUGGCCCUGCAGUCCCUCUCCGCCUCGCCCUUCCGCGUCGUCGACGAAAUCAACCAGGGUAUGGACCCCCGCAACGAGCGCAUGGUCCACGGCCGUCUGGUCGAGAUCGCCUGCGCCCCGGCCUCCGAGGCCGGCGCUGGCGGCGGUGGCGGCCAGUAUUUCCUCAUCACCCCCAAGCUCCUCAGCGGUCUGGUCUAUCAGCCCGGUAUGCGCGUCCUCUGCAUCUACAGUGGAGAGCAUAUGCCGGAAGAUUACAAUCUGGUCAACUUCCGGGGCGCUGUCACGAAGAAGAUGGCCAUUAUGGGUGGUCCUGCUUCCAAUCAAAGCAAUGGUCGCGUGAGCGUCCACUGAUUUGAU